AUGUUAAAAACAAAUAUUAAUGAUUCAAAUAUUCCCUCAAGAAAAAUCAAAAAACGAAAUUUCAUUGAUCCUCAAUCAAAACUUGGUCUAAUUAACAGUGUAGUAAUCGAUCAUUUACCAAUAUAUUAAGUUUUUAAAUUAUUUUAAUUUUAGGCAGCAAUAUUACACAAAAUCAAGUAUUCUUCAGCAAAACAUAUUAUCAGAAAUUAUUUAAGUGAUAGUGAUAAUUUUUUCUCUAGAUAAAAAAAAAGGUGUAGAAAAAUUAUCUAAAACAAUUUCAGAGUAAUAAUCGAUGUCAAUUCUGGAAAAAUUAAAAUCAUAAAAUCCACUCAAACAAUUUUGCCAACAAAUUUAUAACAAAAUAAUUAAACAAAUAUUAACGAUAUACUAUGUGAUUUAUCACAUAACUUAUUGAAACAAAUAAUUAAAUCACAAAAUAAUAAUAUUAAAUAUAAAUAAUACUUUAAACUUGAAUUACCUUAAAUAAAUAUGUCAUUUGAAUAAUAAUUAUCUGAAAUCAAGAACAUACUUAAUUUUUAACAUGAACAAAUGAAUCCAACAUGA